UGCGCAGGGCAGGCAUGCCCGCCGUGGCCACGAGGACUGAGGAGCAGCCCACGAGCAGACUGCCACACAAAACUGUGACUCUGACCCCUGCUUGGUACUUUUCCGGUGUGGCACCGGCCUUGCCCUGCCUCAGCAAAGCUGUCAGCGCCACAGAGUUUAUGAGCUGUCGCCCCAAGCGCGCUCCUGGCCGUCGGAACCCGCACAGCCCGCCCCCGCCGCCGCGCAGCCAUGAGGCCGGCCUGGGCCUCCCACCUCACUGGGCGCCUCCUGAUGCUGGCUGUCACUCUGGCCACGGACCCGGUGCCAAGGAUAACCUUCCAGAGAGGGGACUCCAGCCGGAUCCUCACCCCAUUCAGCAAGGAAGGGGUUCUGAACUAUGACACCCUUCUCCUCGGCGAAGAUGGGGCAACCCUCUACGUGGGCGCCAGAGAUGCAGUCCUUGCCUUCGACAUCAGCAGCACGCGGUCGGUCAAGCUGAAGGGUGAGAUUCCGUGGAGCCCCGUGUCCAGGAAGAAGGAGGAGUGUGCCUUCAAGAAGAACAGCAACGAGUCGGAGUGCUUCAACUUCAUCCGCAUCCUGGUCCAGCUGAACGAGACGCAUCUCUACACCUGCGGGACAUACGCCUUCAGCCCCACCUGCGCCUACGUGGACCUGGAGAAGUUCGCCCUGGUGGCCGACGCGCACGGGCAGCCGGUCCUCCUGCCGGGGAAGGGGCUCUGUCCCUUUGACCCUCAGCACCAGAACACCGUGACCUUUGUGGAUGGCGAACUUUACACAGGCACCAUGAACAACUUCCAGGGGAACGAGCCCAUCAUCUCCCGGACCUUGGGAAGCAGGACCUCCCUGAAGACUGACAGCUUCCUCUCCUGGCUGCACGCUGAUGCAUCAUUUGUGGCUUCUUUCAACAUCCCAACCCCGCCGGAUGAUGAAAAGGUCUAUUUCUUCUUCGAGGAAACAGCAAAGGAGUUUGACUUCUUUGAGAAAUUGACCGUCUCCAGGGUGGCUCGUGUCUGCAAGAAUGACGUUGGGGGAGACAAGGUGCUGCAGAGGAAAUGGACCACGUUCCUGAAAGCUCAGCUCUCCUGCACGCAGCAGGGGCAGUUUCCUUACGCUGUCAUUCGACACGUUUUUGCCCUCCCACAGCCAGGCGGGGGCACAAUUUUCUACGGUGUCUUUGCUUCUCAGUGGCAGGCAGGCAGUCGCAGGAGCUCGGCAGUGUGUGCCUUCAGCCUCGACGCCAUCCGCAGAGCCUUUGACGGGAAGUACAAAGAGCUGAACAAGGACUGCUUCCGGUGGGUGACGUACGGCGGGCCGGCCAUGGAGCCCCGCCCCGGCAGUUGCUCGGUGGGCCCGUCGUCAGACAAAGCCCUCACCUUCGUCAAGGAGCACUUCCUGAUGGACGAGAAGGUCGAGCCGGUCCACAACCAGCCUCUGCUGGUGCAGCACGACGUGCAGUACACCCGGAUCGCGGUGCACCGAGCGCGGGGUGUCUCGGGGACCCCCUACGACGUGAUGUUCAUGGGGACAGACAGGGGCCUCCUCCACAAAGCCGUGGCUGUUGGCAGUGGCGCCCACAUCAUUGAAGAGAUUCGGCUCUUUGAGAAGCCAGAAGCCGUCCGGAACCUGCUGCUCUCCCCUGAAAAGGGGGUGCUCUACGCGGGCUGCUCCGGAGAGGUCCUGCGGGUCCCGCUGGCCAACUGCAGCGUGUACGCGACCUGUGCGGAGUGCGUGCUCGCGCGCGACCCCUACUGCGCCUGGGACUGGCACCGGUGCAGGGACCUCCGGGACGCCGCCGCCGAGGACACGAGCGAUUGGCUGCAGGACAUCGCCACGGGGAAGCCCAGCUUGGGGUGCCAGCGCAGCAACGGGAAGGCCAGAGUCCUGUCGAGGCCCAGGAGCGACCCGGAGGGCAGCUUGCCCAAAGUUCUCAGCGCGCCGCUCAACUCCAUCGUGAGGCUGCCCUGCCCCCGGGCCUCGGCCCUGGCCAGCUACUCGUGGAACCCCCCCGAGAAGAUGGGGAGGGACGCCGCCGUGCGGGAGGAUGGCCAGGCCCUGCUCGUCGUGGUGCAGAAGGACACGCUGGGCACGUACGAGUGCUGGGCCAGCGAGAACGGCUGGCGGCACCGCGUGGCGCACUUCCAGCUCCGCUCGCCCGGCGGCGUGGAGGCCUCACCGAUGGGCCAGCGGCACACCUACUGGGUCCAGUUCGUCAGCGUGACGGUGCUGCUCUCGGUGACCCUGGCGGUGGCCGCGGCGGUGGCUUUCUUCUCCUACCACGACAAGCUGAAGGCGAGGAGCAAAGUCCAGGGGUGCAGCACCCCCGAAGCCAGCAAAGCCUCCGGGCAGGAGAAGGCGCUCCUCAGCAGUGGCCUGGGCGCGCCCCAGGGCGACGCCUUCCGGGGUCGGGGUCCUUGCCCGGAGGCGGCCGGCAGCUCCAAAACCUGCUGUGUCCAACUGGAUGCGGAUUUCCAGGACACGGAUGCCGAGAACAACCGCUUGAACUCUGGCCUGGCGAACGGCAGUGACUCCGGGGGGCUGCGGCUGUGAAGGCGGUCAAGGCGGACUGGGCUGGAGCGAUGCCUGGAGAGGCAGCCCGGCCAGAGGCUGGGCUAGCCCUGCCGUGGCUCGGCCCCAGACGCUGCCGGGAAACAGAGCUGCCUGCGAUGCCAGGGUUCGUCUGCGCGUCUUGUCUGUACAUAAGCGGAAGGGAAGGAUCCUGACUGUGCGCACCUGCUGUGGCUCUGCUCCCACCUCAUCACUGCCUUCACGGGUGGGCACAGAGCCCAGCAGGCCCGUGGCGGCGCCCCCAUCCCCCUGCAGAUGUCUGUGGAGGAGACGGGCAGGCUGAACCCGGCCCACAGCCGCCUGCCUUGGGGGCUUGGGCAGGGCACACGGUGGGCAGGGAAGGGCCCGGCUGCUUUCCUAGGUCCUGCUCGCCUUCCCACCCUCCUGCUGCGGGCACCUGCCAGGCGAUGCCUGCCGCCGCUUGGGCCUCCCUUUCCGGAGACCAGAGCGGAGCGGGGCCGGGCCAUUUGGGGCAGCGAGGAUGGCGGCGGGGCAGGCUGGCCCGGGAGGCAAGGGGGCAGCAGGCCAGCGCUGCUGCUCAGGCCGCCCUGGGGUGACCGGGCACGGAGCAGGAGGCCCCGCUGGGAGCACGGUCUGGUGUCUCACCCUGCCAGCCUGAAGAAGGGCUGGGCGUGAGGCACCAGAGGCCCUCCCGAAUCCUGCGGCGAGCGCCUGCACCUCCCCAGGCAGCGCCUCCCCCACCCCCGCCAGCCCCCACGGCAGGGCUUCUUCACAGAAGGGUCCCUCCCAGCAGGUCCCUGUGCUGCUCUCUGAGCCGCUGCGGUUCUGUGCCCAGGAAAACGGACUCCGGCUUCACGGGCAAGAUUUCUUAGGUUUGCUGUUCACGUAAUGUGUGGUGGUUUCUCGGGGGUGGAGAGAAACUAUGCAAGGGCUGAAGUGCCCCUCACAGCCCACCUCUGCUCUGCAUCCCUCCGGCCUGGGAGGGGCUCGCGGGGGCCGGCCCACGCCUGCGCACACCGCCUUCGCCGCCACGCGACCUCCUCCAGCCUGGACGCUGCCCUUGGAGGGCACCAGGCUGCGGAACCCGGGAUUAGAAGCCUUCCUUUCGUCCCUGAACGGAGGCUGACAUUUGCGGGGGAACUUGCUCCGCACCGCAUGCCUGUCCCUGCCUUGCUCCAGGCGCCUGCGCAGGGGGCUGUUCCGGAGUGCCAGGGCAAACUGGCUUCCCUGCCCGCCGAGUAGUUUCCACUGGCAUCUUCCCGGUGUGGCCAUCUGGCGCCACAUGGGGCAUGCUGCCGGAGGGCACCAGACGGAGCCCUCCACAUAGCCACAACCACCGUCCGGCGCUCUCAGGACCACCCUGCCGGGGCCUGUCCGUAUCCUCACCCCACCCCACCCCACCCCCUGUGGCGAAGGGGCCUUCCUCCUGGCUGCUCAGCACGGAGGCUUCUCCGCGAUGGGGCUGCCGACUUUCUCGCUCUGUACCAAUGGACUGAACUGCCGCCAGCACUGGGCUGAAGGUGCCAUUCGGUCGGCCAGGAGCCUCCCCUGCCGCCUCCUCAAAGUCGGGGAGGGGUGGCUCUUGCAGCGGAGCCGCUGCCCUUCCGCGGAAGCGUGUGUCAUGACAGUUCUUCCUCUUUCGACUUGUGUUGCUGCUGACCUCUAGCGAACAGAGCGGCAGCCGCUUCCGCCUUCAAAGCUGCCGUGCCCCCAGCCCUGCUCUGGGGUGGGGGGCCCCCUGGAACCCAGUUUUGCCCCAGCCUCGUGCGCUGCAGCCGUGCAGGCCCGCCUGCGUGCGGCGUCCGUCGCUCGUGGAUCCAUGUCAUUCUGUCGUGGUGCAAAGGAGGCAGUAUCUGAAUUGCAGGCAUUCCGGGCCCAGAAGACACGCCCGGACCCGGCCGCUUUGAACUCGGUGGUGCGCUCUGGCCUGCGCAGACCCCGCGGCGGGUGGGGGGCAGGGCCACUCGAGCGCCUCGCGGAGCAGCGCCAGCGCCCGCUCAAGGACGCUUGUAUCCGCGUGGUGCGUUUUUCUGCCGACAAGUGUUUGUCUUGCCCUUUUGUCACCCUUCUGGGUGUCUUCUUAAAAUAUUGUAGCCUUGCGCUUAAAUAGGUGUGAAACGGACCCGAGUUGCAAAGACCCGCUGCUGAUCGCGAGUAAUGCGCAGCCGUCCACGUCCCCUGUGCACGCCGUGUGUGGAUGUCUUGCACGCGUGAUGUUUGUGACUGUGGUGCAAGGUCAGCGUCUCUCUCAAAGGCAUGUCUGUCUGUGUGCAUGUGUGUGUGCUUGGGGGGGGGGGGAAUCCUAGUGAUGCCCAGCUGCAAAGGCUAAUUAAUUGACUCAUUCAUUUAUGGCUUCAGAAUUUACCUGCUGAGUUGAGAAAACGAAGCAUUGUGUUUCAAAUCAACUGGGGAGUGACCUCACCAUUUCCUAGGCUUCUGGCUGUACGUGGGAGGGAAGGGAAGGGAUACGGGAAGACCCCUGGCCAAAAGAAGGGCAGCCCUGCCACUCCCUGCCCUCCACAGGCUUCUGCCUCCCCGCAACCCCGUAGGCAAGGCGGUAAGCAGCAUGCCUCGGCGGGCGGGUGGGUGGGCGGGCGGGCCGGCCCCCUAACUGUAAUGAUGCACGCAGAUUUCAAAGGUGCAGAUAUGGGGGUUUAAAAAUAGGAAGUGACAAUUUCCUCCUCAAACAGGAGCCCCUGUUAGCUGCAGCAAGUGGAGGGAUAUUUUGACGCUGCCACUGGCAGCAAAGCCGAAGAGCUCGAAAGCUGACAUAUUACAGGCCAAUUUUCAAGUGAGCUGAAAAUAGUCUGAAUGAGGCCUUGCUGCCUAUUUUGAGCUCUUGAGAGGAAAACGUGAAAGCGCGCACACCAUGAGCAGUGAACCCUGUUCUCCAACCGAGUGCAAAGCCGAGAAGCUUUUCUCCCGAGCAAACCUCCGGACGCCUCCGACCCCGUGCUGCAGUCAGACACACACACACGGUGGCUUCGGCCUUUUGUUGCUCGUUGUGUUGUUUGUAACCUUUUAAAAAAGAUGUAAAUCUUCAUUGUGUUUAUACAUACUAUUUUUAUUAAAAAGUGUGAUGCACACGGUGCCAGAAA